AUUAUCACUUGUUUAACUGACUACAACGUUUAUGUGUUUUUAUUGAUUUUUUGGUGACAAUGUGGCAACAGAAUAGUCAAUUUUAUAUCUUUAAUGAUACAAGGAUCUGUCCCCAGCUUCAAGCAACUUUACACAGCAUGUUUGAAGAUAAAAUGGGUAUGACUGUUACUUCGGGCAGUGUGGUGUUAAGCAAAGAUGAGAAAAACUUGAUAGGUAUCAGUAUAGGUGGAGGAGCGCCCCUCUGUCCCUGUUUAUACAUCGUUCAGAUCUUCGACAACACGCCAGCCUCAAAAGAUGGUACAUUACAAAGUGGAGAUGAAUUGGUUGGUGUUAACGGACAAUCGGUUAAAGGCAAAACUAAGGUGGAAGUCGCUAAGAUGAUUCAGUCAGCUAAGGAUGAAGUAACAAUAAACUACAACAAACUACACGCGGAUCCAAAGCAAGGGAAAUCCUUAGACAUUAUAAUGAAAAAGAUGAAACAUCGUUUAGUUGAGAAUAUGUCUUCUGGAGCUGCUGAUGCCCUGGGACUCUCUAGAGCUAUUCUCUGCAAUGAUACGCUUGUAGCCAAGCUUAAUGAACUAAGGGAAACAGAGACGACUUAUAAAAGGCUUGUGGAAAAUGCUAAAAGAAUGCUGAAAGCCUACUUUGAUCUCCUACAAACGUACAAGUCAGUCGGGGAUAUCUUCGCCGCUAUAGGAGUGAGGGAACCCCAAGCAAGAGCCUCGGAAGCCUUCACAAAGUUUGGACAAUACCAUCGGCUGUUGGAGAGAGACGGUAUCAAGAUGCUAAAGGCCUUAAAACCGAUCCUAUCAGACAUGGGCACCUACCUCAAUAAGGCUAUACCAGACACAAAGCUCACGAUCCGUAAGUAUGCAGACACGAAAUUCGAGUACCUCUCAUACUGUCUGAAGGUAAAGGAAAUGGAUGAUGAAGAAUAUGGGUACAAUGCGCUGCAGGAACCGCUGUACAGAGUGGAGACUGGCAACUAUGAGUACAGCGAAUCCGUGGAGCAUUUGAAAGACAAUGCGACCUUGUUCCCGGUCGAAGUCGAUCUUUCACAAAACGCUUUCCAAUACAAGUCUACGGCGCAGAUUAUUCAGGACAAUCCAGAUGAAGAAGAAGACCUAGAAUUCGGCAAGGAGAUACACGAAUACCACGAUAUUGUAGAACUGGACAAUAAAGAAGCUAAACUUAUGAACAGGCGUCAGAAUAAAGACAAUGAUGACACAGAAUCGUCCGAACAACUCCUACCAGACUUUGAUAACGUCGCUCUAACUUACGACAAAGUGGAAAAAUCUGACAACAAUGACAAAACUGACAAUGUGGACAAUCUGACUCUGCUCACAGAAUUGGGAUUAGCUGACACGAAUGUACAAGAUGAUUUUGGUGAUUUCCAAAAUGGAUUGCUUGAUGAAUUUCUGCCUAAAGCCAGUGGGGAUGAUAAGAAUGAUAUAUUUGAUAAGCUGCUGAAUGAUUUUAGUCUCCUAAAUAAAUGA